AUGUCGAACGCGAUAGAGGAUCCCCGGGUCAGGGCGGCCAUUGAGCACUACCUGUUAGAUCUGGAGAACACCCAGCCGAAGAAUACGAAGCGAAAUUAUCGUCCCAAGCAGGAAGAAUGGAAGGAGUGGUGUCAAGCCAACUGGCCUGCGAUCCCGGACGUUUGGCCGGCCUCGGUACCACAGGGCCAACAGCUACCGGGAGACCUGGUCGAUGAAGGAAAGCUCUUGCUCUUCAUGAAGGAGAAAACGACACCUCGAGGCUCAGGAAGCCAAGAGGGCCGUGAAAGACGCAGAGCACCAUCAGAUACCAUCGUUGUAGGCGGCGGAGGUAGCGAAUACGAGUCAGACUCCGACUUGGAGUUGUAUGAGUCCACGCUCAAACUACAGUAUAAUACUGUACGGGGCUACGUCUCGGCCAUACAGAAGCUUUACGACGAGCAGAAGAGCCGGGAAGUCAAUCCUGCGGCCCGGCCACAGGGAGUGGCACUGAAGGCGCUCAAACGCAGCAUUCUUGCAACGACUUGGAGCCGGAAGAGGAAGGAAUACAUGGACAGGGGAGUUGGAACUCUGAGAGAUGUGUAUGCCGGCGCAGAUACCCGACCACACCAACGUGGCAUGGUCCGAGGAGAGAUCGCCUGCGCCCUGAGGACGCAGGUGGACUUUCUGCUCGGGAACCACAUGCUGCUGCGGUCCGGCAACCGCCUGCCGAUGGAGUUGGCAGACUGCUUUCCCGACUUACCCAACGAGGGCUUCAAGGCCCAGGGUAGAAAAGGCGGAAAGGUUUCCGUCUUCCAAAGAAGCGAAGACUGGUAUGAAACGAAGGUGCUCCGCCGAUCGGCGAAGGAGCCUCAAGCUCCGUUGUCGGGCCAGACUGCCCGAGAAUGGACGUCCAGGUUCUACAAGAAGGCCGGCAUCAAGGUCUCCAAGGUCAGCCACGCGCCUAGAGUGGCCGCGACGCAAAACGCCGACAUGGCCGGAGUGGAUGAAGGCCAGAUCCGCCGAGCCGGUCGUUGGAAUAACGGAGACCAAAUGACCGGCUGCUAUCUGACUUCCCUGCCUUUCGAAUUCAUGAGGGCCGUGGCCGACUUUGACCCUGAAUGGUCGGGGUCUUAUUUCGUGCCCGGGCCACCUAGCCCUUUCUCAGAUCUCGGGGUGGAGCAGAACAUGGCCGCCGGCGCCUUCUUGGAACUCCUGGAGUGGCUUCGAGAGGUGCUCCUGCAGGACGCUGUCUUCCUUCGCGAGUCCUACCCUGACCAUCCUAUCUUUCAGGAUCCGGUCUCUCUUGCCCCGAGUUUGAAGCGUUCGCCAGCAAAGUUCAAGACACAUGCACACGGGACCACGAAGACAGCCAUACCACGGUCAUUCAAAAAGCGAUCCCGGUGGUUGCGGAGAAGCUGCGCACAUUGGAUGAGUUUGCGCAGGCCACCUACACCGUCACCUUCAGCCCCGGCCAAGGUGCUGCAGGUCAACAUGCGGAGAUCGCGGGAGCUCAUCAACAGAGGCGCGCGCUCCACGAGAGACGGUCCUCAGGUCCGAGAUAGGCCCUUCGCAAGCGGGCGGUCCGACAUACGCUCCGCUCUCCUAGAGCAGCAGCAGGAAUGGUGCAAGCGGGCCAGGGGCAAGCCCCCAGAAGAGCGCAUGGCGAGCCGCCUGGGCCGCGCGAACCUCCGAGCUUCAAGCCCCCGUUCUGUCAAAUCUGUACAGGAGCUGCUGCGUCUCUGGCGGCAGGGCUGGGGCGAAAUGCCUUCUGUGGAUUCUCUUGAGCGAGACUGGGGUGCUCGAUGGCGGCCAUCUGCAGAGAAGAAUUACCUUUCCACGCGCAAGAUCAUCGUCGAUGAGGUUCGGAGGCGGGCCCAGUCGGACGGCUUAACUGAAGAUAUCGUGGCGAGGCAAAUGGACGAAGAACGUGGACCCAGCUCUUUGGAUAAGUUGUUCAAGGCCAUCCGAAAGGACAGGCAAGGCGAAAAGGGACACAAACGUGCGUCGGGGCAAUUCAACGUCGGUGGUAGCGAAAAGUCGAUGGCGCAGUGA